GGCGGCGGCGGCGGCGGCGGCGGCGUUGGCAGACGGCGGAGGCGGAGGCCAGGGCCCGCGGCUGCCGCGGCGACAGACAGCGAGAUGGCGGAGACCGUGGCGGACACCCGGCGGCUGAUCACCAAGCCGCAGAACCUGAACGACGCCUACGGGCCGCCCAGCAACUUCCUGGAGAUCGACGUGAGCAACCCGCAGACCGUGGGGGUCGGCCGGGGCCGCUUCACCACCUACGAGAUCAGGGUCAAGACAAAUCUUCCUAUCUUCAAGCUGAAGGAAUCCACUGUUAGAAGAAGAUACAGUGACUUUGAAUGGCUUCGAAGUGAACUAGAAAGAGAGAGCAAGGUUGUAGUUCCCCCGCUCCCUGGGAAAGCGUUUUUGCGGCAGCUUCCUUUUAGAGGAGACGAUGGAAUAUUUGAUGACAGUUUCAUCGAGGAAAGGAAGCAAGGGCUGGAGCAGUUUAUAAACAAGGUCGCUGGUCAUCCUCUGGCCCAGAAUGAACGUUGUCUCCACAUGUUUUUACAGGAUGAAAUAAUAGAUAAAAGCUAUACUCCAUCUAAAAUAAGGCACGCCUGAGUUUGGAAACUCGAGACCGUUAGUGACUGAUCCACACCAUGAAGAAGUUGUAGCUAACGCAGCAUGCUGUGCACACACGGGUCUAACAUGCCCUGGGUAUACUAACACUCAACGCUCCCUUCCUCUCCUGUUUCCUUUUGGCAGUUGACAAGAAGUUGAUUCGCUUUAGUGAAGACCCCCGUCGAGCCUCUCUCUCUUAGCUCCUCCUCAAUGUGUCCGUGCGCCGUAGCCGCACAAGCCCCAUUGACCUGCACUGUUGUAACUAAAGUUGCCGACUUGGUCUUAUUUGCAGUUUCUGUGUCAUGCUUGCUUCUUGAGUCUGACUGAUGAGAAUAUUUCUCCCCCCAACCCCUCAGUGUGUGACGUCACCACUCGACCCUAAUUUACGUGCAGGGUUAAAGGUGCGCGGCACCAGGUGGCUGCUGUGCCACACACAUGAGGUGUACUUUGUGUGCAGAGUGUGCAGAGUGUGUCUUUCUUCUGGCCCGUGAUUUCCUUCACAUGGAAGAUUAAUGAGGGAAAUCUUUAUAUUCUGUAUAAAAACAAAUUCAAAUUUAUAUACUAAAAUCAUUUGUCUAAAAAUUUAAGUUGUUUUCAAAUAAAAGUUGAAAUGCC